AUGCCACCGCUCCUGGUCGGGACUAAGAUGCAUUCGGGACUUCCUAAACCCAAACCGGUCCACAGCGCUUUGCCGAUCCCUCAAAAACCCGCCAGACCCUCUGCCUUACCGCUGAACACCAAAACUGCACCUGCGAGAAGCAACAAGGCUCAAAAGACUACAGCUACGGCAGACGCAAAGGCUCAAAAAGCAGCUCAAGCAAAACCCAUAAGCGUGCAGGAAACUGGGGGAGACCAGCCCGAGUCGAGGCCAGAUCCAGGAUUUGGGAUUGAACUGGAGGAAACCACGUCCGAGGAGAGCGAAGAGAAUGGAGGCCGUCUGCAGAUCUACACGGACUGGGCCAACCAUUACCUGUCCAAGUCAGGACACAGACACAGGAUCCGAGACCUACAGACGGAUGUGAGCGAUGGCGUGCUGCUGGCUCACAUUAUACAAGUCGUCGCCAAUGAAAAGAUCGGGGACAUCCAUGGAAGCCCGCGCAGCCGCUCGCAGAUGACAGAGGAGCAGGAGGUGACUGAGAUUGAGAACAUUGACGUGUGCUUGAGUUUCCUCGCUGCCAAAGGAGUCAACAUUCAGGGGCUGUCCUCAGAAGAGAUCGGUAAUGGAAAUCUGAAGGCAAUCUUGGGACUGUUCUUCAGCCUGUCGCGGUUCAAACAGCAGCAGCAGAGGCCUCACCCUCCCCUCAGCCACCACAGCAGUGCACCUCCACACCUGUGCUCUCCGCAUGGGACGCCCCCUGGUGGACACAAGCACACUGCACUCUCAGACAUGCAGUCCAGCGAAGCGUCUCAAUCUAAACUGCUCCAGUUUUCCCUGGGCUCCAAAAAAACCCGACUCCCUGCUCCUACAUCUCGAGUCACAGCUGUCGACUCGUCUUGCCGGAUCAGCUCCAACGCAAACCGCCGGAGCCAAGCAUUGGACAGCAAGACAAAAGCACCAGCCUCAAGAGAUUCUUCAGAAACCAUGACGGAGAACUCGUCUGUCACGACCAGCGCCCAAUCAACUACCUCCUCCUCUGCUCUUUCCCCGCCUCCUUCCUCGUCCAACAACAACACUGCGAUCCCACAGCCCAACGCCAGCAGCAGCAAGCCCUGGAGGAGCAAGUCUUCUAACAAGAAUGUCACCUCCAAAACUCUGUCAGACUCUGGUGCAAAAAACCUCACAGCUGAUGCCCCUCCGAAACUCGCAUCCCAGAAGUCCAUGCUGGAAAAACUAAAAUUAUUCAACAGCAAAAGUUUGUCAAAAAACAAUCAAGAGACAUCUGUGAAACCUGCGGAACACUCUACAAAUACCGAACAAUUAGAGGUUGACAAUGGGAAUGUGCGACCGGCUGCGAGCGGAGCCAAUCCCGCAUCGGCAAGCAGUCCCAAAAUGGCGCUAAAAGGAAUUGCACAAAGGACGUUCAGCCGCGCUCUAACGGCUAAAAAAAAUUCUGUCAAAGUUCCAGAAAAAGAGAAAACUAAAGUGAAAGAAUCAACAAAAAGAGUUCCCACUCCUGAUGUGAAAGUAGACGAGGCCAAAGAUGAGAUGCUGGACGCAGACAGCAACAAGCGCACUUCCAAAAUCGCGAGUUUUAUUCCAAAAGGCGGGAAAGUGGCGAAAAAGGAAGUGCAGAGCGGCAUUCCGAAGCCAGGAGCCAAGAGCCUGACUGGGAAAGGGUCAAAAGAAGCGGCGGAGCGUCCAAAAAGCACGCGUUUGGGAGCAAAUGCCCCGUUCAAAUGUGCCCAGGAGCGAGACGGCGGCAUGGAGGGUCAGGGAGCAGGAAACGGCGCCCUCUGUGCCGCCGGAGCUGGUACUACACAAAGCACUGCGUCCAAUACUGUGAGUGUGCAGCUGCCACAGAACCAGCAGCUGCACAGUCAUCCCAACAUGGCCACCGUCGCCCCCUUCAUGUACAGAUCUCAGGAAGCCGAGGUGAACAGUGACGGAGUCGACCCCAAACCUGCGGAGGAUCCGACAGGAGAGGACCCAGAGACCAGGCGUUUGCGGACAGUCAAAAACAUUGCUGACCUGAGACAGAACCUGGAGGAGACCAUGUCCAGCCUCAGAGGGACACAGCUCACUCACAGCUCCCUGGAGUCCUCCUCCUUUGAAGCCUCUGACUCUGCCGGGGGUCGUAGCCUGUUGUCCCGCCCACACCUGUCGUCGUCAUGGAGACUGGGCUCUGCUGUGCCCCGCCUCCAGGCAGGUGACGCGCCCUCUUUGGCAAAUGGCUGCCGAGGUGCAGGGCCUGGGCGGUAUCAGUACUCUGCGCACCUCCGACGUCAGCUGACAGGAAGGGGCGGGGCCGGAGAGGGUUCUGAGCCAAUUGGAGACGAGGAAGAGCUGGGGGGUGUUGCCAUGGAGAUGACCGGGUACAUGAGCGAUGGAGAUGUUCUGAGCAAGACCCUGGCACGCAAUGAUGAUGUCACCAGCGGUUACUUGACGGACGGAGGAGUUGGCCUGUACACACGACGUCUCCACCGUCUCCAUGACCUAUCCAACAUGUCCUCCGUGAGAGAGAGCCUGCAGCGCACAGCAUCGACUGGACAAGCCGAGGCCGACAGCUGGGACGACAGCAGCUCCGUGAGCAGCGGCGUCAGUGACAACAUCGACACAGACGACAUCAACACCAGUUCAUCCAUCUCCUCCUACGCCAACACACCAGCAACACACCGCAAACAGCCGGUGACUGACGCAGAAAAGCGGGAGGCCUCUGGUCACUGGGGCUCAGAUCCUGCAGAAGAACUGGUCCAGAGCUCCAGAGGGUCAGGGAGAAGGAGCCAGAGCACGGCCCAGACUGGAGCUCAGAGCGUGGGUCACACCGGGUCCUGGAGGAGGGGCAUGAGUGCGCAGGUCGGAGUCACUUCCCCCAGAACUAAAACCAGCAACAGCACCAGCAAAGGACAGCAUACAGUGAAAACAGACGAUGUGAAAGUGUCGGAGAAGGGUCGAGUGUCUCCGGUGUCUGACGCUGCAGACGAACUGAAAAAGUCUCUGUUGUGUACAAACCGUGGCUCCACAAACCUGCUGAUGCCGACCGCACUCCCAGAGCCCUGUGCCCGCACGCCAACCUCAGCCUCCUCUUUUGGGUACAAGAAGUCCGGAACCCUGGUGACGGCGAGCGGAGCCACCAUCACCAGCGGGUCUGCCACACUGGGGAAACUGCCCAAGUCUGGCACCAGGCCACUCACCGGAGGUGGAGGUGUGAAGUCCGGACAGGAAGUGGCUGGUACCCUCGUUCACCAUGAUGACUCGUUCUUACCCAUGAGCGCUCGGGGCACUUUGCAGUACCGCAGUCUACCCAGGCCGGGACGCUCCGGAGCCGCAGCGAGGAACGGGAACAGGUCUUCCACCAGCAGCAUCGAAGCAGCCGUGCUCUCUGUGACCAAGAGCUCUGGGCCCCUGGGAAAACUGACCAAUCAGACGGACAGAGAGAAGGGGGCGGAGCCUGCAGCCGGUACGGGUGGAAGGCAGGUGUCCUCGCCGACGUUACGCAGACUGUUUGGAGGAAAGUCCAGUAAACAGACACCGCUCACCAGCGCCGAAAACAUGAAGAAUUCUACGAUCAUCUCCAACCCUCAUGUGUCCAGCGCAGAAGUCCAUCCGGCAGACGGCGAACAGGCCUCCACCCCUGGCUCGGCCUACUCCACUGGUCCCUCUGGCAGCCUGACCUGGGGCACGUCCCUUAGCAGUUCGUCGGGCCCCAGCAGAGAGGGCACUCUGGGACCCGGGGGGAGCGUGGGUAGUGCGGGCUACGCCUCUCUCAGCAGCAUGCACACGAGCAGUGACUCCAUCGACGACACAGCUGCCCUGGGACGCACAGGCAGCAAGGCCGGCGUGAGCGACAGUCCUGUGCCCUCUCCUUCGGCCUCUCCUCUUUUCUCUCGUAACACGUUGCCUCGGAAACAGGAAAGUUCGUUGAGUGGUGGUCGAAACACGCUGCCAAAGAAAGCGCUCAGGUAUGGUCCCGCCCCUUCUAUGCGCUGCUCAGAUGAGGCCCGCGAUUGGCUGAGAUCUCACUCCAUCAGCGGACUGCAGGACUCUAUUGGCUCCUCCCCCUUUUCACCUGGCUCCAGCGUGACCUCGCCCACAGCCACCAGAUUCAACUUUGCCUCCAGUCCCACCUCUGCCACUCAGAUGGCCCUCACUGGCCACAGGACCAACAGUCUGACCCAGGACCCUCUGGAGCAGAGCGAGGCCCGUCUCCGUACCUCCUGUAUGUCUCUGGACGACAAGAACCGCACCAUGAGCCGCUCCGGCUCCUUCAGGGACGGCUUUGAAGAAGCUCACGGCUCGUCUCUGUCUCUGGUGUCCAGCUCGUCCUCCAUCUACUCCACGAACGAGGAGAAGUCUCAGUCGGAGAUCCGAAAACUGCGGCGGGAAUUGGACGCGUCUCAAGAGAAGGUGUCGGCGCUCACCACUCAGCUCAGCGCCAAUGCUCACCUUGUGGCGGCGUUUGAACAGAGUUUAGGAAACAUGACCAUUCGUCUGAAGAGCCUCACCCUCACGGCCGAGCAGAAGGACUCUGAGCUGACGGAGUUGAGGAAAACCAUCGAGUUGUUAAAGAAGCAGAACGCUGUGGCUCAGGCAGCAAUCAACGGAGUCCUCAACACACAAGACGUGAUCGCAAAGGACAAGAGUGCUGGUCAAAAUGGGAGCCCCCAGUCCUCUGACAAGAGCGAGUCCAGAGCUCAGAGCCAGUCCAGUCCAGGUCCAAACCCAAAGCAGAGCUCCACCCCAGACCUGAGGAUCCGCAGGCAGCACUCGUCCGACAGCGUGAGCAGCAUGACCAGCCACUCCAGCAUCGGCUCCAACAUGGACGCCGACGCUCACAACCACAAGAAGAACAAGAAGAACUGGGCCUCGUUCACUGGGGACAAGCUGCGGAGUUCGUUCAAACAGGCCUUCAGUAAAAAGAAGUCUCCUAAAUCGGCCUCGUCGCACUCAGACAUCGAUGAAAUGACCGACUCUCUGCCAGCCUCACCUCAGCUGCCCCACAACGGCUCCACGCCAUCUGGUCACAUGAUCAGGACCGCGCUCUCCAAUUCUCUGCUGUCGGAGUGUCUGGACUCGGAGGCAGAGAUGGUGAUGCAGCUGCGCUCAGAGCUGAGGGAAAAGGAGAUGAAACUCACAGACAUCCGCCUGGAGGCUCUGAGCUCUGCCCACCAGCUGGACCAGCUCCGUGAGGCCAUGAACCGCAUGCAGUCGGAUAUUGAGAAGUUAAAGUUGGAGAACGACCGGCUGCGGCUGGAAAACCAGAGCAGCAGAGCUGGAUCCCAGAGCUCCUCCACUCCCCCAGCACAGACCACCUCUCUGGGUACAGCAGGCUCCACAGCGGGGGGUCACUCCCUCAACCUGACCACCAGCGAGUCCACCAGUCUGGACAUGCUUCUAGACGACACAGGAGAGAGUCAGCGGCGAGAAGGGCGCCAUGUGAAAAUCUACGUAACCCUGGACGACGAGGCACACUGCACAGAGGAGGGAGAAGGACGCAGCUUCCUGAUUGGCUGCAUUGGAGUUAGUGGGAAAACCAAAUGGGACGUCCUGGAUGGAGUGGUCAGAAGACUUUUUAAGCUGUAA